UGUUUUUUCACAUCUCUAAUCAAAUACCAUCACGUCGAAAUACAGCAAAAUUCUGUUGGUAAACAUAAGCAAAAUUAAGGCUGGCAAUUAAUGCGGCAGCAUGCAACCAGUUGAUUGCCAAUUUCCAAGCAUAGUGAACCGGUCGAAACCCUGCUGAAUGGAUUUUGGGCCGAUUUGCAUAGAUAAGCGAGUAACAAGCACCUACAGCUGCUGUUGAGUCAUCAUCUUUUAGCCAAAUAAGCCAAAAAAACAAGGCUAACAGCCUUUGGAACCACCCAACUUGCUGCCCAAGUAGUGAUAGAGCCCCAAGUGAGCCACAGGUGAGAGGCGUUGUCUUUGCUGGGGAUGGCGUAAGCUGAUCCAACGAACCACCACCAGCCAUCAAAGUAUAAUCAGCACACACACACUUUCCCACACCCAGCCACUCAAAUACCCCAAAAAUCAACCCAUUUUGGCCACAGCCCAAUGGAGGACUACAAGUUCCUGUUCAAAAUCGUCCUGGUUGGCAAUGCUGGUGUUGGAAAAACCUGCCUAGUGCGCCGCUUUACUCAGGGCCUGUUUCCACCUGGCCAGGGUGCCACCAUUGGCGUGGACUUCAUGAUUAAGACUGUGGAGGUGGAGGGCGAGAAGAUCAAGCUACAAAUCUGGGACACCGCCGGCCAGGAGCGGUUCCGAUCCAUUACGCAAAGCUACUAUCGAUCGGCUCACGCCUUGAUACUGGUGUACGACAUCAGCUGCCAGCCCACAUUCGACUGCCUACCAGACUGGCUGCGCGAGAUCCAGGAAUACGCGAACUCCAAGGUACUCAAAAUUCUGGUGGGUAACAAGACGGACAGGGAUGAUCGAGAGAUACCCACCCAAAUUGGCGAAGAGUUCGCCAAACAGCAUGACAUGUACUUCUUGGAGACGUCCGCCAAGGAGGCGGAGAAUGUCGAGCGGUUGUUCUACGAAAUUGCCGCCGAAUUAAUUGGUCAGGCUAGAAGCAAGGAUGGCAGUAGUUCGGCCGCAGCGGCGGCCGCCCAGCGCCAAUCGGAGGGCAACUCCAUCGGCCUGGGGAGCUUUAGUGCCAAGGCAGCGCAGACCAAUUGCUGUGGCGGACUCGCCAGCGGCGGCUCCAACUCUAGUCAAGCGGGCUGAGCUGUAGUCCGAACUGGAAACUGUGCAGCUAAUCUGUAACUAGUUAAGGACUUAUCGUGAUAUUCCAGUUAUCUUUUAUUACCAUGACGCUCCCGCAUUCUAACGCAUACAUUUGUUAUACGACUCGGUUACUCAUAUAUUUUGUUUUUAUGAGCAUGAUUAUGACUAGGAUCGUUUGCCCUUGUAACGAUUUCUUUUAGAUUGUUAAAGCACUGACUUCAAAAGCCUUUAUAUGUAACAGUUUUUGAAGCAAUUUUCAUCGUUUUCACUAAACUACCAAAAUAACGAACAUUUCGAAUGCAAUGUGCAAAUGGAUCUGGAAACUGUGCAACUAAUCUAUUAUAGUUAAACACUACUAGUGAUAUUCUGUUGAUGCUUUGCGGUAUAUUGUGUAAAUUCCAAGACUAAAAAACUGAUUUUUCGUUGUUAAAUCUGUAUCCUCUUCGUUUCACGGAAAACAAAUUGAUUAUAAAACACACACUAAUUUACUAUUUAUCACGAUUAAGAUCCUAUUGGAAACUAGCUGUCAAUGACUAAGGAUGCUAAUUAUUUGUGUUACAAGAACUCCAUUGGAGGUGUUUAUGACCGCCUGAUUUUCUUGAUUUGUAUUAUAUAGAAGUAUUGAUCUGAUUAUGGAUCCUUUACCAAGUGAGCAUCACAGCCAAUGCUAUGAAGAAUUUAAGAUAUCAAAAAUGCUAUGCACACUAUUGAGUUUUUUUUUUAGAUUGAUUCCUAAGGAGUAUUGCGUAAUUUAUAUAUUGAAUUUUUUGUAUACAUAUACAAUAAUGCAUAUUUAUUUACAAUUAUUUUUACAUAUUUUUAUGAUUAUUGUGCAAUCUUUGGUAAUGCGAUUUUUAAAUGAUAUUCGUAAUAGUGUUUAAGGUGAUUUUAUGACAUUCCAAAAAUUAAGAAUUAGAAAUAUGAAUAGACCAGA